CAAGCACUAAAAAAAAAGGUAGUCCAUAAUUCCUGUCUUAAAACAACCCUCGGCCAAAGACAUUUCUGCUUUGCUGACACAUAAUUUAUUAAAUUUUACAUUGCCGAUGUCUUCAAAGGAACGAUUUAAACCAAAUGAAGGGGACUGGAUCUGCCCCGAUACCAAAUGUGGCAAUGUUAAUUUUGCACGACGACCUGAAUGCAACAAAUGUGGGAAAAAUCGUAAAGAAGGGACUGUUUUUAAAAAAGGUGGGACAGAAAUAGGCAAGCAGUUAGCAGAGAAAAGUAAAGGGCUAUUUAGUGCAGAGGAUUGGCAGUGUAAAAGCUGUGGAAAUGUGAACUGGGCCAGACGUAUGACAUGUAACAUGUGUAAUGCUCCUAAGUAUGGCAGAGUUGAGCAACGUACAGGCUUUGGGGGAGGUUACAUGGAAAGAGAUGAGGUGAUAGAAUACAACAGGAGAGAAGAAUCGGAUGAUGAGUAUGAUGAGUUUGGUCGGAAAAAGAAGAAAUUUAGAGGAAUGAGAAAUAGCACGGAAGAAGCAAGUAAUGGUAGUAAACAGCCAGAGGACAAAAUUCAAGAUGAGGGUGAUGAAGAGGAGGAAGAUGAUGAAGACGGUGAUAUUUCUAAGUACAAGCUUGAUUCAGACGAGGAGGAAGAUGAUGGUGAUGUUUCAAAGUAUAAGCUGGACAGUGAUGGAGAAGAUGAUGAAAAGAAAGACUCAGACUCAUCACAUAAAAAUUCAUCCAGUUCAAGUUCAUCUAGCUCUAGUUCCAGCUCCCGGUCUAAGUCUUUGUCCAGGUCUCCCAAGUCUCGGUCCAGGUCUGACUCGCCAGAAUCAAGAUCGCGCUCACACUCUGGAAGUAGAAAACUAUCUCAUUCACGCAGUCGAAAGCGAUCUCGUUCCAGCAGUAGAAAACGCUCUCGAUCUGGCAGCAGAAAGCGCAGAUCACGAUCUAGGUCCAGGUCUGGAGAUAAGGACAUAAAGAAAGGACAUCAAGACCAUUCAAGCUCUUCUGGUUCCAGGUCGAGGUCCCGCUCUCCUCAUUCUGGCUCGAAACGGUCGAGGUUUGAUUUUGGGCUGAGUGACAUAUGUCAUCAGGCUUUUAUGUUGUGUUUUGUUUAACUUUUUUUUGACAACACUGGAAGUAAACUAUUCCCCACAGCUGUAUGUUUCUAGGAUUUGAAUAAACCAUCAUUUUAUAUCAUUUAGUUGUUUUUUUUAAUACAUUUUUUAAAAAGUUUAUCUGUGAAGGACUCACAUCAAAACAAAAUACAUACGCUUGGGGAAUUUUUUAUUUUUUUAUUUAUUUUAUAGUUAAAAUGUAUGUUGUUGAUUUUGUUAACUUUUAAUUUUUACAUUUUUUUAACAGGCGUUAAAGACUGAGUAAAGUAUAAUUGAGCUGCAGGAUUGAUUUGAGUAAAGUACGUUCAGCUGCAGGAUUUGACUGCCACCACGAUUCUCCCUUGUGAGCUAAAUAUUUUGUAAGAUUAUUAUAACUUUUAUUAGCCUGCAAUCUAUGUUGUAAUGUUCUAAUUGAUCAUGGUCCUUGUAAUCUGUCAUUAAUACAUUGCUGUCAUCCUUUCCAUUUCCUUGCUAAUGCAAUAAACAAAAAUUAAAAGAAAGGAUGAUACCCUAUCAUGAAACAUGAUGUGUAGACUACUUGGAGAAAUUUGUAUCUUAUUAAAUGAUAGAAUAUUUGCUUCUCAUGGUGUAAUUAGGAGGAAAAUACUGCAGUAUUAUUUUUCGGUUAGAAUCUAUGAUGAAAUGCCAUGCUGUUUUAAGUGCGGUACAAACUGGGUCUCUACAAGAAAAGCUAGGUUAGGGAGUUAGUUUGAUGAAUGAAUGCCUGUUCUAAAGCUUGUACUGUGGUGUAUCUGGUGUAAAUAUCAACUGCUAGUCUUCCAUGGUGAAAAGGAUGUUUUUUUCUCAACCCAAGCUAACAUUCAUUAUAGUACCAAAUCUUAUAUCAUCUAGUUCAACAUACCGGAUUUUUAAUAGAUUGUAAGUGUAGACUAGUUUUAAACUACUAAUCUCAGGUAGGAUGAUUUUGUCGCUGUUUUAACAACUUUAUAUCGGUUUACCCUUGAAUUUGGUGGUAUUUGGGUGAAUACAGAAAACUGGUUGUUUUACUUUGUAAUGACAUGUUUAAAAAUAUUGAAAUAUUUUUACAUUUAGAUAUGUGAAUAAUGUACAGUUAUGUGAAUGACAAAAAUUCAUGUGGAAAUCUGUGAACUGUGUCAGCUGAGUUUUGCUACGAGCUUUAAAUAACUGACCAUUGAUUGUAGCUUUUAUGUCCUAGUGGUUUUUGUUGUUACUACUUCAACAAUAAAUGUUUACUGAAUACUU